AUGCACCUCGAUGGUUUAAAUUUUCACGGACAUAAAUUGAUUGUUCGUCGCGCACACCUGACCCGGGACGAACUGACCUCAGUCCAACAGUCGGAGAUAGAGGCGGCUCGUCUGCGGAUUGCCGAACAGGCGAAAUUAUGCGAGGAGAAAUUGGCUGCCCGUUUGGCGGCCGACACCACAACUGACGACAGUCAAUCGAUCCAACCCACCGCGGUGGUUUCAAAGACUGAUUUGAUCGAUUCCAGUCAACCGGAUUCUCAUUCUGCCUCAGCCACGAUGGAUUACGGUCUACUUGCUCCUCGUCCAACUAUUCCCGAUCUCUACGGUCGACUCGGGCGGGUCGACCCGAUCCGAAAACAAUCCUCAUCUAGUCUGAGCAUCAAGAAUGGCGGUGAGUACUCUUUUUUCAUAUACACCCAAUCGUGCUUGCUUGCUUGUGUAUACACAUGUACGUGUGAUCUAUUCGAACCCCGCAUCACAUGGCGACAACACAUCGCAUGA